AUGCCCGGAACAGCCCCCCAUCCCAUUAUCCACAUCAAUGGCUUCCCCGGCACUGGAAAGUUGACAGUUGCCCAAGAUCUGGUCGCACAUGUCGCCCUCUCUGCAAAUCUGAAGCUGAUCCACAACCACCUUCUCAUCAAUCCCGCUGACGCUGUCCUCCACCGUACACAACCAGGGUACCAGUCACUUCGACGAGCUGUCCGCGCCGCUGUCUUUACGUCCCUAGCAACCGAGCCUGCAACCUUCAAUACAACCUAUCUGUUCACAGAUUUCCAAACAACGAAUGAACAAGGUGCCAGUGUGUGCGCAGAAUACGCACAAGCUGCGAAGGAUCGAGGCUGUCUACUGAUUCCCAUUGUUCUGACCUGCGAUGAAGAUGAGAAUAUCAAGCGCAUGAUGCAGUCGGAGCGUGGAAAGCAUGCAAAGCUCAUGGAUGUGGAGCUGCUGAGGAUGUUCCGCAAGGGAGCACCGGUUUUCGAGUUUAGCGAUAGGAAAGAGUUUUUGGAGAUCGAUGUGACACGCUUGGAGCCAGAGGAGGUGGCGAGAACUAUCUGGGAGCAUGUUUUACAGUUCUAUCCCGGUUUGAGCGGUGGGGAGUCUUGA